AUGACAGUAACAAAGAUCACGACGGCGUGGUUGAAUAAGAGGGCGUACAUCACCGAAGACACGAACAAUACGAACAUCGGCUUCUUCAACUUCGUCACAUACGAGAUACUGUACGCGGUCGUAUCGGUGAUGACCUUCAUCGAUCUCUUGACGCUACUCCUCCGGAUUGCAUCAGUACGAGAGCGACGAUCGCGACCCCAAGCCGAUGAUUAUUCUGCGAUACUUGCUUGCGUGUUCUCCAUUGCGACAGGAAUCAUCGUUCUGUAUGGCGCAGUUAAGCGUGUAACUGGUCGACAUGAUUGGGACCCAUGGCCUCCACCAGAAGGACCCUGGCCGAGGAGCGAUUACACGAUGAGCACCAAGGACACUGACCAUCCAGUGUUCCUUGACUUAUACAAGAUCCACCUUCAGGUGAAUUAUGCACUUAAUAGUCUUCAAGGCGUUGGCAUCGGGACCGUUCGACUCGCUUUCCUUUUCCUCUUCAAAAAGCUCUUCACACACCAAGGCCGAGGGUACAUGAUCUUGGUCAACGUUCUCAUCGGCUUCGUUACCUUGUUUAUGCUGGCAUAUACCGCGGUAUCGGUCUUCGUUUGCGGGGCACAUCCGGAAGCUCAAUGGACCAACCAUGACACGGCCGCAGAGCACUGCCUGGUCUUACCCACUUACAACUUCGGUAUUGGUAUUGUUACGGUCGUACUCGACACGGCUGUGUUCUUCUUGCCGAUGUAUCCACUAUACAGAAUCACCUCAACGAUGACCAGAGAGAAGAAGUGUUAUAUAUUGAUAGUCUUCUGCUUUGGCUUCUUAGCCGUGAUAUCGUCGUUUUUCAGCUUGAUUAUUGGCACACCUGCUUUUCUAUUCCAGGGGCAAAGCUAUCUAUAUACCUGGCUGCGCGACCAUGGUGCUGGCGAUGGAGACACAUUCGACUUUACCUUGCACCUCUCCACGAUGCCUCCCAAGAAGACCACCGAGGCCGGCGCCAGCACCGGCAACAGCGAUUGCACCGAUUCCGAGAUCAAGCUCAUGAUUGCCAUCAUGGAGCUCAUGACCCGUCCUUCCCUCGACUACGACGCCCUCGCCCUCAAGCUCGGCUCCGCCAGUGCCAACGCCGCUCGCAUGCGCGUCAGCGCCGCCGUCAACAAGCAUCCCACCUGGUUCACCGGUGCCGGAGCCGCCACCAACGAGGACGGCACUCCCGUCAAGAAGACCCGCGCCAAGCGCACCCCGAAGAAGAAGGCCCCUUCUGACGAGGACGAGAACGCCGAGGAGCAGGACACUCCUUCCCAGAAGAAGGCCCGCACGGGCAAGGCCAAGCCCAAGACCAAAGUUGAAGAGGAUGUUGCCGAGGAGGACAUCAAGCAGGAGGGUCUCAAGCAGGAAGUCGCCGAUGGCAUGGAGGUCCAGGUUUGA